AUGGCCCUGCGGCUGCUGCUCCAUGUCGCCUUGCUCGGACUAGGCACCACGCAGUCCUCCGUCCAGGGCCGUCGUCACUUCCACAGGCCAGUGCUUGCCUGGCCAUCCUUCUUUGAUGCCAACUCACCCCUGGAGGUUCAGGAAAUCAUCCAGAUUCCCAAAAACGGGAGCUCGCCCCUGCUCGUAGACGUGCAGGUGGUCGUGUCGAAUGUGUUCAACGUGGACAUCCUGCGGUACACAAUGUCCUCCAUGCUGCUGCUUCGGCUGGCCUGGCUGGACACUCGCCUGGCCUGGAACGGGAGUGUAUACCCACGGCGCAUGGUCACGCGGCCCUGGAACUCACUGUGGACGCCGGGACUCACUAUCCAGGAGGCGCUCUGGGUAGACUGGCAAGACCAGAGCCUACGGGCCCAAGUGGAUCAAGAUGGCCACGUCGAACUCCACCUGGCCCUCACCACAGAGACCAACUGUGACUUUGAGCUCCUCCACUUCCCCAGGGACCAGAGUGACUGCACCCUCAGCUUCUACGCUCUCGGCAACACUGCGAUGGAGCUGGAGUUCCAGGCGCAUGUGGUGAAUGAGAUUGUGAGUGUCAAGCGGGAAUAUGUGGUUCGGGAUUUGAAAGUCCAAGCCCUGCCCCAGCAGCUGGUACCCUGCUUCCGGGUGACGCUGCGCCUACAGAAUACGGCACUAAAGGCCAUCAUAGCUCUGCUGGUACCCGGGGAGGCGCUGCUGUUGGCUGAUGUGUGUGGGGGGCUCCUGCCCCUUCGGGCCACAGAGCGCACCGCCUACAAAGUGACCCUGCUGCUGGGCUACCUCGUCUUCCACUCUUCCCUGGUGGACGGCCUGCCCAGCUCCUCCUCCUGCAACCCACUGCUCAUUUACUACUUCACCAUCCUGCUGCUGCUGCUGUUCAUCAGCACCAUGGAGACCGUGCUGUUGGCGGGGAUCCUGGCCCGUGGCCACCUCGGGGCCAAGAACAGCCCCGGUCCAGCUCCGAGAGGGGAGCGGCAAGACCCUGGGAACCCAGGGCCUAAUCCUGAAGAGGCCCCCAGAGGAGUACAGGGGCCAUGGAGGAGCUGGGCUGAGGCUGCCGACCACACCUUCUUCCUGGUGUAUGUGGCGGGGGUGGUGUGUAGCCAGUUUGUCUUCGCUGGAUUCUGGAUGUGGACGACGUGCAAGUCUGACCCAGCCCCUGGCAAGGCCGCGCCCCAUGGUGGGCAGCCCAGGCUGUAACAGUGCAGGACCUGGGGGAGGGCCAU